AUUCCCCGUUCCGUUCCACGGUCCUCACAAUUCACAAUCUCACACGACCGAACACAGAUAUUAAAAAGAAAAAACCAAAACAAAAAAAAAAAGAGCAAAACAAAAAUUUCGCCGACUGUCUCUCAAAGCAUAGUUAUCUUGUGUCCUACUCUCCUCUACGAACAUCUAGGCUUCCGCAUUCCCCUUUCUAUCUUGUAACUAAAAAGAAUUAAAUUAACUCAAGAUUUAGUUACUUCGGUUUCAUGGACCGGAGGCCAACCGAGAGCCCGGUCUACACGCGCCGAUGGAGUAGCGACUCGGGGUCGGGGAGCACCGGCGCUGCUGUUGACUCGCCCACAUUGUCGCCGGCACGUCACCAACCCCACCACUCACGUUCUUCCUCCGCCACAGGCAUUUCCAGUAUCAAGCGGACGCAGAACUUCGCCGCGAAAGCCGCUGCUCAGCGGCUGGCUCAGGUCAUGGCUUCGCAGACCACCGACGACGACGACGACGAAAAUGACGGCGACGAUCUAGGGUUCCGUUAUAGUGCUCCUCCUCCUCUUGCUUUGUCUAGGAACGUUAACGCCACAGCAACCACUGGUGGUGCUGGAAAUAAAGCUGCUAUGAACUCUACGAGGAUCGGCAGAUCUCCUUCACCUGCGUUAGCACGUAACUUCUUAGAGGAAGCACCGACGGUUCGAUCAACAUCAGCUGGAAGGUCACCAGUUUCUCUUCGUGUGGCACCACCUGUACCGCCACCCAGUAAAACAUCACUGAGGACUGCUGUAUCUCUACCUUCAGAGCCUCCAAAAAACCAGCAACUAGAGAAAAGAUUCGCAUCCGACAUUGGGUUUAACUCAAAAGAUACUGGAGAUCAGCAUGAGGCUUCUGCACUCCGUGAUGAACUUGAUAUGCUGCAAGAAGAAAACGAGAAUGUCCUUGACAAGCUCAGACAUGAGGAAGAACAAUGCAAAGAUGUGGAGGCUAGAGUUAGAGAGCUUGAGAAACAAGUUGCUGCUCUUGGAGAAGGUGUAUCUUUGGAAGCCAAACUGCUAAGCAGAAAAGAGGCUGCAUUGCGUCAAAGAGAGGCUGCACUUAAGGAUGCAAAGCAAACUAAAGAUGUUGUAGACACGGAGAUUUUGUCUCUUAGAUCUGAAGUUGAGAAUGCUAAAGAUGAGGUGACAGCCGUUAUAAGGCAGCUUCAUGGAGCUGAAUCUGAAGUAAAAGCCCUUCGUUCAAUGACUCAAAGAAUGAUACUGACUCAGAAAGAGAUGGAAGAAGUUGUCCUUAAGAGGUGUUGGCUUGCUCGCUACUGGGGCUUAGCUGCAAGAUAUGGUAUCUGUGCAGAUAUUGCAUUGUCAAAGUACGAAUAUUGGUCAUCAUUAGCACCUCUUCCUUUUGAGGUGGUUGUUUCUGCUGGACAAAAAGCUAAAGAGGAGUUUUCAGAAAAAGGUGAUGAUGAGAAUGAAAAGAGGAGCAAACUUGUUGAGGACUUAAAUGACCUGACUGGAGAAGGAAAUAUUGAGAGUAUGCUUUCAGUUGAAAUGGGUUUGAAGGAGCUUGCAUCCUUGAAGGUUGAAGAGGCUAUUGUGCAUGCAUUGGCACAACAGAGAAGAGCAAAUUCUGUUAGACUCUCAUUGUCAGAUAUCAAAUCACCACGUGAUCCAAAGUUUAUGGAGGCAUUUGAAUUAAGUCCAGAGGAGUCUGAGGAUGUUCUCUUCAAAGAGGCAUGGCUUACAUAUUUUUGGAGAAGAGCCAAAGCCCAUGGCAUAGAGGACGAUACAGCCAAAGAGCGACUUAAAUUUUGGAUCAGCCGUAGUGGGCAUUCACCAAGUUCACAUGAUGCUGUUGAUGUUGAGGAAGGACUGAUGGAGCUUCGGAAAUUGGGAAUUGAACAUCGACUGUGGGAAGCAUCUCGCAAAGAAAUUGAUCAGGACAAUUCCACUUCAAAGAAAUUUGCUAAAUAGUAGUUGAAAGAGUUCUUGAGGGAGGCAGUGGUGAAAUAGAUGUGUAUUUUAUUCUUUAUAUUUGUAUUUGUUUUUAUGCUGAGUUUUCCUCCAAAUGAGCACAGCUAUGCUGGAUAUGAGAGUUCUGGAAUUGCUUCACCAUAUAAAUUAGUAAAAAGGUAGAAUUCCACUGUAGCAUGUGUGUUUGAUCGCCCAUAAAAACGGGAGAUUCAAUUUUGUAAUGCAAAGAGUCUUAUGGUAGUUGGAUGUGGCUGCCAA